AUGACCGUGCCUCUUGCUGUUGAUUUUGAUAACAUCGGUGACUACUUCAUUUUUGCCUUUCACGUUCUGUUGGCUACUUGCACGGUUUUAGUAGCCGGUGCUGUGGUUGUAGCUAUACUUGGCUCCAAGUCUCUCCGCACUGAAAAUCGGUUUAUCUUCAUGUUGAGCACCAGCAUCAGCGACACACUGUCUGGCUUUGGCUGGUUCUAUGUUGGACUUUUCGACGUCAAAGAAUCCUACCCACAGAGAAACGGGACGUACUUUGUAUUGCCUACAUUACUCGGCGUGAACUUUAUAACAAUUCUCACUGCACAGAUUGAUCGGUACGUUGCCGUGUCCUAUCCAUUCUUCUACACUAGCAGGGUGACUCUGCGGGUUAUUAUUGGAAUCUGUAUUUUUAUAUGGAUAUUUAAUUAUUCAAUGGUGCUUUUUCUGAACUUAGUGCCGUGGCAGGUAGCUAUGGUUUAUAGUGCAGUUAGCACUUUAGGCGUCCAGGUUAUUGCGGUGAUUUUGAUGCUGGUACUGAACAUUAAGCUCUAUCUAAUUGCACGCUACCAGCUGCAGAGAGAAUCAAGUCCCGAGAACGACGGUAAACGCUCCUCCUUACUGCUGAUCAUAGCGGUGACUAUGUCCUUCCUCGCUUUUUGGACUCCAGCUUUUAUCAACCUCUCUUUGUGUGGACUGACUUCUUACGGUUACAGAUACAGAAAUAAUGCAGUGGACCCUUUUCUUGCACUGAUCCGCAUCAACCCUCUAUCUACGCCCUCACUGUACAUCUUAGGAAGUAUUGCUCUUCGGAAGUCAAUUCUGAAGUCUCUCAGUUGUGAUGCUUGCUGCAUAGCAAAAAGGUAA